AUGACUUCGUUCCCAUUCUCCGGUAAGGUGGCGGUCGUGACAGGCGGUUCGAAGGGCAUUGGCGCCGCAACAGCAACGGCUCUGGUCAAACUAGGAGCCAAAGUAGUCAUCAACUACGGCCGCGAUGCUCCCACUGCAGAGAGCCUGGUGAAGACACUCGGUGUCCAUAACUCGUACGCAGUCCAAGCAGAUGCUGGGACAGUCACCGGCGUCGAGCAAUUAGUCAACGCGACAGUCGAAAAAUACGGCAAAAUCGACAUCCUGAUCCCCAACGCUGGAAUCCUACCGAUGAGAGACAUUGAGUCCACCACGGAGGCAGAUUUCGACCGGGCAUUCGGGUUGAAUGUGAAAGGGCCGUAUUUCCUUGUGCAGAAAGCCCUGCCACACAUUCCACGAGGUGGUUCCAUCGUCUUGAUCUCGACAACCCAAGACUUCGCAUCGACUGUGUCUGCGCCUUACACACUAUACUGUACGACAAAAGGUGCCAUUGACCAGCUUGUCCGAGUCCUAUCGAAAGACCUACAGGCGAAGAAGGGCAUCCGGGUCAACGCGGUGGCACCGGGGCCCACAGGCACAGACUUGUUUUACGAAGGCAAGAGCGAGCAGGUUUUGAAGAUGGUCGCAAGCUUGAACCCCAACAACCGCAUCGGGACACCAGAGGAAGUGGCCGAAGCGAUCGUCUUUCUAGCUGGUGAUGGAGCGAAGUGGGUGUCUGGGCAAACGGUGCGGGUCAAUGGUGGACAGGCUUGA